GGCAGAUUCGGCAGAACCCCCGGGGCCGCUCUCUGGGGCUGGGAGGGCUGAGGAAAUAAAAGGGACCACCCUGACUCCCGCUCCGCUGCCUCUCUCCCACAUCGCUGCCUCCUUCCUGCCUCUCUGCCUCCACCCCGCCUUGUUUGGCGGGGCGAGGAGCGCCGAAUCUGCCGGCAGGUGCCUCCCGCGCGGUACGGGGUCUGGUUGCAAAAUGGCGUCGGUGUGGGACGAGUCUGAGGAUGGAGUCGGCGAGGAGGUGUUGAAGAUGUCCACGGAGGAGAUCGUGCAGCGUACGCGCCUCCUCGACAGUGAGAUCAAGAUCAUGAAGAGUGAAGUACUGAGAGUGACCCAUGAGCUUCAGGCCAUGAAAGACAAGAUCAAAGAGAACAGUGAGAAGAUCAAAGUGAAUAAAACACUGCCAUACCUUGUCUCCAACGUUAUUGAGCUGCUGGAUGUUGACCCCAAUGACCAGGAGGAGGAUGGAGCAAACAUUGACUUGGAUUCCCAGAGAAAGGGCAAGUGUGCUGUGAUCAAGACCUCUACACGCCAGACAUAUUUCCUGCCUGUUAUUGGCUUGGUGGAUGCUGAGAAGUUGAAGCCUGGAGACCUAGUGGGGGUGAACAAAGACUCUUAUUUGAUCCUGGAGACUCUGCCUACUGAGUACGAUUCCCGGGUGAAAGCCAUGGAGGUGGAUGAGAGACCCACAGAGCAGUACAGUGACAUCGGGGGACUGGAUAAACAAAUCCAAGAGCUGGUGGAGGCCAUCGUCCUGCCAAUGAAUCAUAAAGAGAAAUUUGAAAACUUGGGCAUACAGCCUCCCAAAGGAGUCCUUAUGUAUGGGCCUCCAGGAACAGGGAAGACCCUUUUAGCUCGAGCAUGUGCUGCCCAGACCAAGGCUACAUUCCUGAAGCUGGCAGGCCCACAGCUGGUGCAGAUGUUCAUCGGCGAUGGCGCUAAGCUGGUGCGUGAUGCUUUUGCUCUGGCCAAGGAAAAAGCUCCUUCCAUCAUCUUCAUUGAUGAGCUGGAUGCCAUUGGCACUAAACGGUUUGAUAGUGAGAAGGCUGGUGACCGGGAGGUGCAGAGGACCAUGCUGGAGCUGCUUAAUCAACUUGAUGGUUUCCAGCCCAACACGCAAGUCAAGGUGAUUGCUGCAACCAAUAGGGUCGAUAUCUUGGACCCAGCGCUGCUCCGCUCUGGACGACUGGACCGCAAGAUCGAGUUCCCGAUGCCCAAUGAGGAGGCCAGAGCCAGGAUUAUGCAGAUCCAUUCCCGCAAGAUGAACGUUAGUCCUGAUGUCAACUACGAGGAGCUGGCUCGCUGCACAGAUGAUUUCAAUGGAGCUCAGUGCAAGGCUGUGUGUGUGGAAGCGGGGAUGAUUGCCCUCCGCCGCGGGGCGACCGAGCUCACCCAUGAGGACUACAUGGAAGGAAUCCUGGAGGUUCAAGCAAAGAAAAAAGCCAACCUGCAGUACUAUGCCUGAGCUCUGCCCAGUCCAGGUUGUGGCCUUGGCAGAGGACAGGACUAGACUGGACUGUUCCAAACUUUUUGUCUGGAAAAAAUAAAGUGUUUGGGUUUUUUUCCUCCCUACUAAAACCAA